GACCAAAACAAGGAUGCAGGAUAACGUAUGAGUCCUCUUGAAAGGCAGCCUGUGAAAUAUUAUGAAAAGGAAAUGAUGUUCCGAGGCUCUUGCAGCCCCUAACAGAGCGAAAAUGCAUGGCCACCUGGACGAUUUUCACACGUAUUAUUCUUUGGCUAACAGAAACUUAAAGGUGACGCACCUGGUUGCAAAGUUCUGCUUUUUAGCAUACGUGUAGGACUCUCGUAAAUACACUUCCGGUGGAACCACCCUAAAGUACACGCGUGUCGAAGUUCUAUUACGCAAAUUAUUUUUUGUGACUUUUAUUUUAUUUUAUGCACGGGUUUUGAUCCAAGCGUAUUGAAGUGCUAUGUAUUCACUCAAAGGCGCAAAGUUCAAUUUUUAUGCAAAGUUCAGCCCUUUGUGCAUAUACUUCAUCAUUAUCAAUAGCUCUGCCCUUGGUCCGAACCCAGCUAUGUAUGAUUCCACCGUUUGUGAAUAUCUCGAUCGGGGACGCUUCUAUUGUAACUAUAUUUAUAAGGCACCUUUAAACCGAGCGCCGCGCAGUGGAAGAAUAUUGACUCCUUUGUGCUCCCGUAGUUAUGAAACCGAAGUAAACCAGGAAGCGGAAAAGGAAGUAUGGUUUCUUAGAAGUUAUAUUUCAACUUCUCUCUCGAUUUUUGAGGCAUUUCGUCCCUGGAAAUCAAAAUGUGCAGACAUGCUGGGACUUGUAGUUUCCUAAGCAAUAUAUCUUGAUACAUCAAAGGCGAGGCAACAGCUUGGAAAAUACCACUCCCGUGAUGCUUUUCGGAGGCACCCUCCUCUCCCUGGCUACGGCGGUAUCCGAGAGCGGUGGACGCGAUCGAGUCGCUCCGCCGGGAAAAGGGGGAGUUCGCUAUUGAGCAUGGAGCGCGGCCCCGCGUGAUUGGAAAGUUGGCCGGUCGCUGGUUCUCGUUUCUCGUGGUGUGGCCUGUUCUUUCGAGGAUGAACAAAGUGAAGGUUGAUGAGGAAGAAUAUUGGAACAGUUCCAAAUGUAAGGCCUUUACUUUUGACGAUGAAGAUGAUGAGCUGCUUCAGUUGAAGGAGUCCAAGCGAACAGUCAAUAGCCUUCCAGAUAUUGUAGAUGAUGACGAUGACCUUGAGAAGUUCAGCUGGAGUGGGGAACCUGUGGGCAGCAUUUCGUGGUCAAUCAAAGAGACUGCCUCCAGCAGCAGUAGCAGCAGUGCCUCUGAAGGGAGGGAUCAGCAAAAGGGCUCUUCCUAUGCAGCUAUACCCAAGCAAUCCUCUUCUUAUUCACUGAGCAGCUUUUUUAAAGGAAGAAACAAACAUGGGAGUUUUCAGUCACUUUCAGAUGCUCUUACAGACACAGGAUUUAAAAAUUAUGCUCCAGAAUUACGCAGACCAAAAGCAGAUUAUAAGGAUUACAAUUCUGAUUGGAGUCCUAAUGAUACAGUAAGACGGCUGCAGAGAGGCAAGGUGUGCUCCUUGGAAAGGUUCCAUUCUUUGCAGGACAAAUUACUGCUGCUGGAUGAAGCUGUUGCAUUGCACGAUGGGAAUGUUAUUACAGCCAUACUAAUUUUUCUGAAAAGAACCUUAAAGAAAGAGAUCCUGUUCAGAGAGCUGGAGUUGCGGCAAGUUGCCUUGCGCCAUUUAAUACAUUUUCUCAAGGAGACUGAGGACCAAAAGCUUCUCCUAGACCUGUUGAGGUUCCUGGACAGGACUGAGGAAGUUGCACUGACCCAGUACCGUGAGCAUCUGACUAUCUCGGAUGCCGAGAAAAGAAAAGAGUUUCUGAAAAGUUGCAUUGGGUUGCCCUUUUCAUCAGAGGAUGCUGCUCAUGUUCAGGAUCAUUAUACACUUCUGGAAAGGCAGAUCAUCAUUGAGGCAAAUGACAAACAUUUAGAGUCAUCUGGGCAGACAGAAAUCUUUCGAAAAUACCCUCGAAAAGCUUCCAUUCUAAACAUGCCAUUGGUCACCACGCUUUUCUACUCCUGCUUCUACCAUUACACAGAGACUGAGGGAACAUUCAGUAGUCCAGCAAACUUGAAGAAAACUUUCAAGAUUCCAGACAAACAGUAUGUGCUAACAGCUCUGGCUGCUCGUGCCAAACUCCGAGCAUGGCAUGAUGUGGAUGCUUUGUUCACAACAAAGAAUUGGUUAGGCUAUACAAAAAAAAGAGCUCCUAUUGGUUUCCAUCGGGUGGUGGAGAUCUUGCAGCGGAACAAUGCCCCAGUGCAGGUCCUACAGGAGUAUGUGCGUUUAGUGGAAGAUGUUGAGACAAAGUUGAAUCUUGCUGUGAAAUACAAGUGCCAUGAUGUUGUUAUAGAUACAUACAAAGACUUGAAGGACCGACAGCAACUGAUGGCAUACAGAUGUAAAGUUGAACGGGGUUCUCCAGCAGAGGAGAAGAUUGAUGUUAUCCUCAGUAACGCAGUAAGAAAGAAUACAUUAUAUUUCAUGCACUUACUAAAGCACAGAUAAAAAGGGAAUAAAAGAAACCCCAACUUCUGAAGAGCAACAUGUCCAGAAUGUCUGUGCUUCAGUGAGUCUCCUGUCCAAUUAAGCAAAGAAGCUAUUGUCCCAGUUGUUCAAAACCCAAGAUAGCUCUGCUUUCAGCCAAUCAAGUUGGAGCACCUGCACACAUGAAGGGUGGGAGAGUGGGAAGGAUCUUGUUCAAGGUCAGAUGGAUUGGCCUGUUGGAACCAUGUUAGUUUUUCAUACUAGAGAUUUCUUAUGGUGCUUUAUAUGGAUAGGCCAGUGGCAAAACACAACAGUCAUCCCAAAAUUCUUGCA